AUGUCUCAUUUGUAUUGUUUCUUGCUUCUUGCUGGUCUUGAUAAUUUUCUUCUGGCUCUGAUGGCAUAUGACAGGUAUGUAGCCAUCUGUCAGCCCCUGCACUACACCACCAUCAUGAGGGAGGGGCUGUGUGUGCUGCUGGUGGCUGGAUCCUGGGUUCUCUCCUGUGUAAUUGCCCUUUUGCACACCCUCCUCUUGGUCCGACUGUCUUUCUGUGCUGACAAUGCCAUCAUCCACUUCUUCUGUGACCUUGCUGCACUCCUGAAGCUGAGCUGUUCAGACACCUCUCUCAAUGAGCUGGUCAUAUUCACCGAGGGAACAAUAAUUUUGUUUUUGUGUUUUGGUAUUAUUUUGGGCUCCUAUAUCCGUAUAGGGACCACCAUCCUGAGGGCGCCCUCCACUAAGAGACUGUUUAAAGCCUUUUCUACCUGUGGCUCCCAUGUCUCUGUGGUGUCUUUAUACUACGGUACAUCUGCAGGUAUUUACAUUUCUUCCUCAUCAUGGGGUUCCAAAGACAUAAUUGCUUCGGUCAUGUACAUGGUAGUUACCCCCAUGCUGAACCCCUUCAUCUACAGCCUGAGGAACAGAGAUAUCAAACAGGCCUUAGACAUGUGUGUCAAUAGGGUUAAGUUCUUUAAGCAGCAAUCACUAGAUCCUCCUGUUGCAGUCAGAGCACAGUGA